CUCAAUAAAAUAGUUUAUAAAUCUACACACAAAACCUCAUCAAAAACCAUGGGAAAGCCAAGAAGCGUGUCUCCGACCAUCUUCCUCCUAGUCAUCCUCUUGGUGACCGCCGGAGAGAAGACGGAGGCGAAGCCAUGGUGGAAGAAAGUCGGAGAUUCCAUCGGGAAUAUAGCCGGAGGAAUAAGAAAUGCGGUUGGGAAUUAUAAACCAGUGGAGAUGGGAUUGUCGUUAAAAGGAGGAUUUUGUGUGAGAAAGCUUCUGUCUUUGAAUACGAAUGUGUUCAGUGAAUGGUGUAUAGCUCUUAAUGAUCCAAGAGCUCCUAUGUACAUGAAGAUUGAGAAUAUACCAAGUGGUGUGUCAAUCGAGUCCAUUUUAAAGAAGCCUAUUGAUUUAAUCAAGAACCAUUAUCCCAAUUUCUUGAAAGUUUGGAACUUUAACCAGAAAAUUAAGAGAAAGCCUAGACGUGCUCUUUAAUUUUCUUUAUUCUUCUUCUUUUUGAGACAUGCAGAUUCGCUAUUAUUUCGAUUAUUAAUAAUGAUAAACUUGAGCUACAUGUUCUUGUUAUGUUGUUGUUUAAAUUUGAGUAUAGCAUAUAAUUCAAAUAUAAUUUGGGUUGG